AUGACGAAGCUUAUGGCCAAGAUUCAAGAUGGAGAAAAGUAUAUAGAGAGAUCGCAGAAAGAUCAUAAAGAGCUGGUGAGCUUAGAAGCUAAGAAAAAGGAGAAGGAACAACUGAACAAAGAGAUUCAAGAAUUGAUGGAUCGGGUCAAAGAGCUGGAUAAGGAGAUUCAAUCGCUGGAGACUAAGAGCAAACUGAAGAAGGACGUCGCUGUUUUUACCCCAGAAAAAGCGCUGGAACGAGGUCUCAUAAAACCAUUACAGAGACCAAAUGAAAAGAAAAGGGGCCAGGAUGAAUAG